AUUGAAUUAGAUUCUAAGGUCAGUGAGCUUGAGCGUCUAAAAUCAGAGGAUAUUUCAAUAUCUGUGGUUGGUAAAGAUAGUGAAAAAAAUAUAUCAAAGUCUAGACCCGAAGGAAAAAUUAUAAACGAAGUUGAAAAAAUUAGCAUUGAUAUACCAACUCAUACCAAUAAUAAAAUUGUUCCAAUAUUAGAAUCUUCAAAAAUCGAUACUAAAGUUACUUCUAAGAUAAAGAAUAUGACUCCAAUUAGAUCUCAUAAUAUUACAAUAGAAAGGAGUGAGGAAUUACCUAUUAUAGCAUUAGAUACUAAUAUGACCACCUCUGGUAAUUUGUUUUCUGGAAUAUACUCACAGAGUAAGGGUACUAAUGUGCCUAAACUGACCAUGAACGAACAAAGUGAAGAAGCAGUGCUUCGAGUUUCCAACUCAUCUGAUAUACAAAAAAAUCAAAAGAAAGAACUAUUGCAGAACAAGCCCAAAGAGUGA